GGUGGCGGCGGCGGUAGCUGCGCCGCAGCGGGGCCAGGGCGCGCGGGGCGCGUGGAGAAGGGGCCCCAGCGGCCGGGACGCCAGAGCGGCGUGCGGCGCGGCGCGGCCCGGGACCAUGUCCCCCGGGAGCAAAGUGAAGAGCGAGUACAUGAAGCGCUACAAGGACCCGCGGUGGGACAUGUACGGACCCUGCUACCGCGAGCUGCUGCACUACCGCCUGAGCCGCCGGCUGCUGGAGCAGGCGCACAACCCCUGGUUCUGGGAAGACUGGGGCCAGGCCAGCACCUCGGAUGACUCGUCGUCGUCGGGCGGCGGGGGCUCCCCGUGCCCCGCGCCCCGGGAAGCUCCGGCCUCGCCCCCGCCGCCCUCUCCGCCCAGGCCCGCGGCGCAGGAGAGGCGGGAGAGGCCGGAGAGCGGCGCGGCGCCAGAGCCGGAGGCCUUGGGGGGAGAGAUCCGGGACGCCGGCGCCGCGGAUUCCCCGGCAUUAUCAGUGAAAGAAGUAGAAGAAAAGCAUGAACAACAAAUUGAAACAAAAGAAACUGAUAAAUUACCCAACAGUACUGAACCUCGACAACAUCGAAGUGCCUUAUUUGCUAGAGGAAAUAGAAAAGCAGUCAAAAGUCCUCAAAGAUCAUCAAUUAAAAUAAAAGAAAACAAACAUCCAUUUGCUCUUUACGGAUGGGGAGAAAAACAGACAGAUACAGGAAGCCAAAAAACUCAUAAUGUCUGUGCUUCUGCCCCUGUGCAUGAGAUUCAUGAGUCAGCAUUACGAGCCAAGACCAGAAGACAGGUGGAAAAAAGGAAACUAGUUGCUCAAAGGCAACGUGCUCACUCUGUGAAUGUGGAGAAAAAUAUAAAGGUUAAAUCUUCUUCCUCAGAUAAUCCAUGGAUGACAGAAUACAUGAGAUGCUAUUCGGCAAGAGCUUAAAGAAACAGUUGCUUGGACAUCCUCUUUUAAAAAGUGUAAAAGAAAAAAACAGAACAACCAUCAAAAGAAACUGGACAUGGGUUUAAGAAACCAACUGAUUAUGCAAGGUUUUUCUUAGGGAAUUUCCAAAUGAUUGUCAAAUAUUUUGAUGAAUCUUGGCCACCUACCUCAGCAGUAGGACAGACAGUUGAAGCCAUAGACAUUUGAAGUUAUUUAUGAAGAUGAUUCCCUAAAUCUUUGAUAUUCUUAUAAAGGUUUUGUUUUAAAGCAUCUUAAUCUUUUAAGAUACUGACACCAAAUGCCUUUAAAUGGCUAUGGAUGCUUAACAGAUUUAGUCUUGUUCUGAAUUAACUAUUCAAACUCCAUAGCUAAUAAGAUCAUUCCGUCUUGCAACAUAAGACUCAUUUUCUUUAUGUGCA